AUGGGUCAAGAACAAGAUGUAAAUGAUUUAAUGAAAGUACGUGAUGAAUUAACUCAAGAACGAGAUAAAUUAUUAAAUGAUAUAACACAAUUACGCCGUGAUCUUGACGAAAGUUCAUUUAAACAAAAUGAUUUAGAAAAACAAAUUCAUGAAGCUAAUGAACAAAUUCUUACGUUACAAGAAAAAAUUACUCAAUCAAAAACUGAAAAUAUGAAAGAAGCAAAAAAAAGAGAACAAAUUGAACUUGAACUUAAAACAAGUAAACAAAAUUUAGAAGUAAAAAAUGCAGAAUUUAAAGCUCAAACAGUACAGUUUGAAACUCAACAACAAGAAUUAAAAAAAGCUCAACAACAAUUACGACAAUUAAAAGAAGAUAAUGUUCGUUUAACAAAAGAUAAUCAAAUUCUUCAAGUACGUCUUGAUAAUUCUCGUACACAAUUUACUGAACUCGUUACAACAAAUGAAAAACUUGCUAAUGAUUGUGCACGUCGUGUAACAGAACUUAAAGAAAAAGAAGAUGAACUUGUACAAUUACGUAAAGAGCGUGAUAAUGAACAAAAGAAAAAAGAUCAUGUUGAAAAACGUUUACGACAAGUUGAAGAUCAAAUUGGUGAAAUUGAACAACAACGUGAACGUCUACGUUCAACAAUAUCAUCAUUAGAACAAGAAAUUGAUCGAUUUAAAAAAAGUCAAGAUGAAAAUCGAAGACAAAUUGAUACAUUAACACGUGAACGCGAACAAUUAAAUAAAACAUGUCAAAAAUUAGUUGCUGAUAAUCAAAAACAAACAGAUCAAGUUAAAAGUUUUGAUCAAUCAAAAAAAACUUUAGAACAAGAUAUUACAAAUUAUAAAGAAGAAGCAAGUAAACAACGAAAAAUUAUUCUGAAAAUGGAAAAAGAACGAGAUCGUUAUAUAACUGAAGCUGGUCAAUUAACAAAUCAAGUACUUGCAUUAAUGGAAGAAGUAAAGAAAAAAGAACUUGAAUUAUUUGAUCAAAAGAAAAAAAUAGCUGAAUUAGAAACUCGAUUAAAACAACAACAAAAUUUAUAUGAAGCUGUUCGAUCAGAUCGUAAUCUUUAUUCGAAAAAUUUAAUUGAAUCUCAAGAUGAAAUUGGUGAAAUGAAACGUAAAUUAAAAAUAAUGAAUCAUCAAAUAGAUCAAUUAAAAGAAGAAAUUCAAGGUAAAGAACAAGAAUUAGUACGUGCACAAGCUGAUCAUGAAAAAGUUAAAAAAGAUAAAGAACAAUUAAUGUUAAGUGUUGAACAAUUAAAGAAAGAAGCAAUUAAAAAAGAAGAAGCUUAUGCAAAUCAACAAUCAGAAUUUGAACGUUUAAAUAAACAAUUAUCUGAAGCAAAUGAUGAACGUAAAAAACAAAUGAAACAAUUACAACAAGUUAUUGCUGAACGUGAUGUUCUUGGUACACAACUUGUUCGUCGUAAUGAUGAACUUGCACUUCUAUAUGAAAAACUUAAAAUUCAACAAUCAACAUUAAAUAAGGGCGAACUUCAAUAUAAAGCUCGUCUAGAAGAUUUACGCAUAUUAAAAUUAGAAUUAAAAAAAUUACGUCAUGAUAAAGGUACUUUACAAGAUAAAGUAUCAAAUACAGAUGAUCUUAAACGUGAAGUUUUUCAUGUUCAACGUGAAUUAUUGCGUGAACGUACACGUUGUCGAGCAUUAGAAGAAGAAUUAGAAAAUCCAAUGAAUAUACAUCGUUGGCGUAAAUUAGAAGGUAGUGAUCCAUCAACAUUUGAAUUAAUACAAAAAAUUCAAUUACUUCAAAAACGUUUAAUACAAAAAACAGAAGAAGUUGUACAAAAAGAAUUAUUAAUACAAGAAAAAGAAAAAUUAUAUGCUGAACUCAAACGUAUUUUAGCUCGACAGCCAGGUCCAGAAGUAGCUGAACAAUUAUCGAUUUAUCAAGAAACACUUAAAGCUAAAACAAAACAAAUGAAAUCGUUGGCUAGUGAAGUUAAUAUGUAUGAAAGUCAAAUAGAUGAAUAUAAAUAUGAAAUUGAUAAACUUAAUCGACAACUAACUGAAGUACGACAGAAAUAUUUUCUACAAAAGAAAAAAGAAUCAAUGGCCAAAGAAAAAGAACGUCUUACACAAGCACAAGAACUUACAACAACGAUUAAUGGAAUUACAUUGCAACAACCACCGCCUGAUCUUAUUCAACCGAAUCGAUCUAGUGAUCAAGCUCGUUUUAUUGGUGGCGGCUUCAAUAUGAAAUCAACACCAAAGCCUUCUGCUGUUACUGCCUAA